AUGAAUUUCGUUUAUGCGUUAUUCUUUUUAGCUUUUUCUCUUCUCGUAUAUAUUUUCUAUAGAAAUCGAAAGGUACGUCGUUUGCCACCCGGUCCGUGGCAACUUCCGAUCGUUGGUUAUCUCCCAUGGAUCGACGGAGGAAAACCGCAUGAAACUUUGACAAAAUUAGCCAGAGUUUACGGACCUGUGUGCGGAUUUCGUAUGGGUUCCGUUUAUACUGUUUUAUUGUCAGAUCCCCAACUGAUACGGCAGGCUUUCGCGAAAGAUGCAUUCGCUGGCAGAGCUCCUUUGUAUCUUACACAUGGAAUUAUGCAAGGAUACGGUCUAGUUUGCGCCGAAGGAGAACGAUGGAAGGAGCAAAGGAAAUUCGUUAGUAACUGUUUACGAAACUUUGGAAUGGUAAAGCACGAAGGGCCACGACGAGAGAGGAUGGAGAAACGAAUAUCGGAAGCGGCGGACGAAUGUGUAUCGGUACUGAAAGAACGUGCGGCAAAUGAACCGAUCGAUCCAUUAAACACGCUUCAUCACUGUAUGGGUAAUUUCGUUAAUAGCAUCGUGUUUGGAAAAACGUACGAAGAGGAAGAAGAAGUUUGGAAAUGGUUGAGACAUUUGCAGGAAGAGGGAGUGAAAGAAAUUGGCGUGGCUGGUCCCCUCAACUUUUUACCCUUUCUCAGAUUUUUACCUUGGUACGGACGUACGAUACGGACUAUCGUCGAUGGAAAGGAGAAAACGCACCAGGUGUAUCGUGGAAUACUCAGUGAACACCGAGCGCGAAUCUCAAAAAUGCCGGAAAGUAAAAAUAAAAUCGAAAGCUUUUUGGCGGCAUUCGACGAACAAAUGAGAAUGAGAAACGCUACGGAAUCUGGCCAUUUCACGGAACCACAACUUUACCAUUUAUUAGCGGACCUUUUUGGUGCCGGAACUGAUACAACCCUGACUACCCUUCGUUGGUUUCUCUUAUUCAUGGCUGCUUAUCCUACGGAACAGGAAAAAGUACAGGCAGAAAUGGAUCGAUAUCUGCAAGAAGGAAAUGAACCUACUUUGAAUGACAGAACCGGCAUGCCUCGGCUCGAAGCUGCUUUGGCCGAAGUGCAAAGGCUGAGGAGCGUUACUCCGCUUGGCAUUCCUCAUGGAACGUUAGAGGAUUCGCGUAUCGGUGAUUACGAUGUGCCACGCGGUACCAUGAUCGUGCCUAUGCAAUGGGCUGUCCAUACCGAUCCAGCUUACUGGAAAGAACCCCUCGAAUUUCGACCCGAUAGAUUCCUGACCGAUGAUGGAACUUUCUUUAAACCGGAAUCGUUUCUUCCAUUCCAAGCUGGAAAACGUGUCUGCGUCGGAGAGGAACUCGCUAGGAUGAUACUGUUCUUGUUUGCCGGAAGGAUAUUGCGUGCAUUCGUUAUAUCCGUUCCAUCAAACGAAACCGUCGAUCUGGAAGGUGAAUGCGGUAUCACACUCGUACCGAAGCCCCAUCGCUUAGCGUUCGCUACGCGACGGAUUAUUAUUCAUAAUCGGUAA